CUGCACCCCCAGCAGCAAGGAUUGUAGCAUGGGUUUCCGUGACGGCAGCUGCGGUGCCCAGACCCAGCGCAUCCGGUGUAGGACCCCCCCUCCAAACUGGAAGAAGGAGUUUGGAGCCGACUGCAAGUACAAGUUUGAGAACUGGGGUGCGUGUGAUGGGGGCACCGGCACCAAAGUCCACCAGGGCACCCUGAAGAAGGUGCACUACAAUGCCCAGUGCCAGGAGACCAUCCGCAUGACCAAGCCCUGCACCCCCAAGACCAAAGCCAAGGCCAAAACCAAAAAAGGGAAGGGAAAGGACUAGAGGUCAAGCCUGGAUGCCAAGGAGCUCCUAGUGUUACCUGGGGCCUGGCCCAAGCCUUCCCUCUCCCUGGCCUGAGAUAUGACCUGCCAGUGCCUUCUGUCUGCUUGUUAGCUUUAAUCAAUCAUGCCCUGCCUUGUCCCUUUCACUGCCCAGCCCCACCCCUAAGUACCCAAAGUGAGGAGGGACAAGGGAUUCUGGGAAGUCUGAGCUUCCCCAGAGCAAUGUGAGUCCCAGAGCCCACUUUGUUCUUCCCCACGAUUCCAUUACUAAGAAACACAUUAAAUAAACUGAAUUUCCCC